AUCGCCUGACUUGAGAGGCAUGAUCGUAAAUCCUGGAGCUCCUCAGUGAGAGAAAAGCAUGAGAGUAGAGAGGGAAUGCGUGUGUAUGAUCUGCGCCGGAGAUGAUGAUGUAUCCCACGUGCGUUUACCUCAGUUGGAGUCUCCUGGCUGUCGCUGUGGUGCCAGGGUCUGUCGGUGAAAUGUACACGUCGCUGCUGAACGUGAAGCAGGCGAUCAGUGUUGAACAGAAGCUAAUCGAUUAUUUGAGAACUUACAUCGACCACGAGUUCGAGCGACUGCAGGACAUCAAGCGCUUUUAUGCCAAAGUGUCCGACCUGCACACUGAACUUUACAAAGGCCCGGCAGCCACGAUGGCGAACCCGCUGGUGGCAUUCACCAUGAUCAAGAGGCUGCAUUCAGAGUGGCCGAAUGUAGUCAACAGCAACGAAGCCCUGGAGAACUCACAAGCCCUCAGGUCGAGUUACAAGGCGGAAGAGGGGGAUCUGCCCACACUGGAAGACCUCCAGGGAGCCGCCAAGGGGCUGAUGAGGCUGCAGGAUGUGUAUGCUCUCCAGGUUGCGAGCCUCGUCAGGGGUCGUUUCCAGAGAGUCACUGAUGGCAGGCCGACUGAUGUCUACCUGCCCGCAGUGUCUGUCCCGCUGUCUGGUGACGACUGCUUUCUGGUUGGAAAGGUGGCCUACGAGCAGGAAGACUACUACCACUCAGUGCAGUGGUUGGAGGAGUCGGUGCGUCUCUUCAGGGGAACAGGAGGCGAGUGGAGCCCUGAGAAUGAAGGAACUUUAGAGGACGCUCUGGAUCACCUGGCCUUCUCUCAUUUUAAAACAGGAAACGUCUCCUACGCUCUCAGUUUAUCUCAGGAGUUACUGCAUCGUGAUCCAAUGAAUGGAAGGGUUUUGCAGAAUAUUGAUAAAUACGAAAAGCUGCUGGUUUCAAGUCCGCCGAUAUCAUUGAUUGUGGAUGGGCUGAAGAGACCCACCUCCAAUCAUUUAAGGACCAGGGACACUUACGAGAGGCUCUGCCAGACACAAGGCUCUCAGCCAAUGCAGUUUGAAAACCCCAAACUGUUCUGCGACUACUUCACCAACGGGAAUCCUCAACUGCUACUUCUGCCGGUAAGACGUGAAGUGCUGAGCCUACAGCCCUAUGUAGUCCUGUACCACAACUUCAUCACGGACACGGAGGCUGAGGACAUCAAGAGGACCUCCCAUCCAGGAUUGAAACGAUCGGUGGUCGCAGCCGGAGAGAAACAGGCAACAGCAGAUUAUCGCAUCAGCAAGAGUGCAUGGCUGAAGGGCUCAGCACACUCCACUGUUGGGAAGCUGGACCACAAGAUCUCCAUGCUCACAGGUUUGAAUGUGAAGCAUCCAUAUGGCGAGUACCUCCAAGUCGUUAACUAUGGGAUUGGCGGCCAUUACGAACCUCACUUUGACCAUGCUACAUCGCCUUCGAGUCCCGUGUUCAAGCUGAAAACUGGGAAUCGAGUGGCAACCUUUAUGAUAUAUCUCAGCUCUGUCGAGGCAGGUGGGUCCACAGCCUUCAUCCACGCCAACUUCAGCGUUCCUGUCAUGGAGAAAGCUGCCAUUUUCUGGUGGAAUCUCCGUAGAAACGGUCAAGGAGACGCAGACACGCUGCAUGCUGGCUGCCCCGUGCUCAUUGGGGACAAAUGGGUGGCAAACAAAUGGAUCCAUGAGCAAGGCCAAGAGUUCCAACAUCGCUACAGCCUGAACCCUGAAGAGUGAGCGCGGUAGAGCGAUAGCUGGUCCCCUUGGAGUACAAGAGCCAGCCUCUACAAUUGAGAGGCACACUUGCAGGCGGAGGGAAGGAGGGAGCCGGAGAAUGAGCGCACAGGCAAGGGAGAUGAAAGCAGUCGUGGGACAGCCUGCUUCUGUUCUUGGAGCCCCAGGCCCCAGGGACCCCGGAGCUCACGGUGCUGCGGUGGACGUGGAUAGCACAAGACUGAGAGGCGGGGAAGAAGAGGGCCGGGGCUGUUGGCAAUCAGCCCCCAGAGGCCAAACGCUCUCUCUUGCUCUUACUGGCCAGUUCUUGCAGAUGGAGGGAGCUUUUCCACACACUGUGCUGGUUUCAGUUAACUGUGUUUGCAAGGCUGUUUGCCUCUCAUGCGGGCUUAAAAACCGACAUAUGCAGUCCUUUUCCUACAUCCCAGGGUCAUUACUGUCAUUACAAAUCAACACAGCUGUACUUUGUUUGUGCAGACGGUCAGAACUUUAUUUCGAAUGUGUAUUAGUUUACAGAGAGAGCACACAUGCCUGAAUCAUCGUGAAAUGUGUAUAGGAUGAGGCACAAGGCAUCUUUAAUCUUCUCGUUGAUGUCAUGAGAUUCUGCCAAAAAAUAAAGUGGUGUUUUGGGAUAUUAAUAUUCAAGUCCAUUUAAAUGUGAUAAUGCUUCCAUUAAGUGCUGGACUAGGCAGAUACAGACAUUGAAUGACAGGUGUGACAUUGUUGUACAGAGUGGCAAACCAUUUUAUGAGUUUGAUGAUCAUUUCUGUGUUUAAUACUGCAGAUUAGCAACAGAGAGUCCGGUUGAAGUUCUUCCGUAAUGGGUCAUGUCAGACCUCAUGACUGCAGCCCAGACUGGUGCUAUGAGUCAAAAGAACCAGUCAUUGUGAGUCUGCCAGUUAAUUUCCAGCUGACGAUGUGAUCAUUGCUGCCUGUGGGAGACUCUUUCACUAACCGUCUGUCUAAUGGAACAGAUUCGAGCUAUUUGCAUGCCAUUCCGUUAUCUCAAAUACCUGUGCUUAAGUAUGUAAUAACCCAUCCUAAACAGAGUGAAGUUGACCAUACACUUUUAAAAUGCACUGUAUGAGCUUGGGCACCAUGAGGCCUUUAUAUGUGACCUCUAACAAUGAAAUGAUGGGACAUGUGAGAGUGACGGGGUGACAGGGGAACAAUUCCUUGGCCUGCUCACAGUGACACAGUAACUUUUUCUUCCAGUUCCCCACAAUGUAUACAAACAGACACACUUCCCAACUACACACUGACACACAGGAAAUAUAAGAACACUGGAUGCAUAGUGCUCAUUCCUGUGUUCACACUAAACAGCAUGACUUGAGUAUUUCCCCUUGGAGUUGAUGGAUAGAAAGAAGCUUGAGUAUGUUUCAUUGCAAGUAUUAAAGCAAUUAAAACACAAUCAUAACUACAUUUAGCCUCAAAACACAAGUAUGUGAGACCACAACUCUAUUUCAAUUUAAAAACUCACAUUAUUGUCAACAAGUGGUUAACAACUACUCCAGCUAUAUUUAGAGAAACACAUUGUGAAAAGAAAAAAAUAUUAAAUUAAUGCGCAAAGGAUAGAUUGUUUAACAGUCAUUUAGAAAGAUAACCAGUAAAUAUAUAAGCGGAAAUGUUUGAAGUAAUGUUUCACAAAUCCAACCCACAACCUGAAGCCAGACUUUUUCCAGAAUUCAAACAAUUCUAUUUGGCUCUCAUCCCAAACACCUUCAGGGACCCUUACUGUUACCAUGCUCACCGCAACAAACAUGGCUGCAGAGAGACUUGUUGCUAUGCAAGAGCAGAGUCCAAUCUACCUAAAGCAUUGCUAAGCCAUAUGCCAUCAUCGACACAUUGACAAGUAAUUCUGCAAAUUAAAAAGACUAUAUAACAUGCAGAAAACCAUCCUAUCAUGAAACAAUUUGAGAAGUAAUUGAUAACAUGUUAAAGUUAUUUUGCACAACUGACUGAAACAUAGACUUGAACAUAACGCUAACUGGCAGAGAAGCUGCCCAGCAACACCUAAAUAAAGGGACGCAGAAGUAAUGAAAGUAAUGAAAGAAUAAGGUCAGAAAAUCAACUUAGUGAUGGAAACAUCAGUGCUGCUCCCCUCUGCUGGUAAUGUAAAAGGCUGCAUGGUGAAAUAUGUUUCACUGAAUUCAAAUUGUGUUCAAAUUGUGUUCUCAAUAAUUUAUUAUGAAUGUCUUUGUUCCCACAUUCUAAAAACCUGCAGUUAAGUUAAUUGGCAAUUGUUUUCUUAAUGUGGGUCACAAUGUGUGAAACCAUAAUAUUGACAUUGUGUGAUACAUUUUGGAUACAUGUUUAAUUACUUUUGUUGUAUUGUUUUAUUUGAUUAACUCUGUAUUCCCAUUGCCAGCAAAUGUGCCAAGUAAAUCAAUUGAAUAAAAGAAGAAUAGUCUAA